CUGGCUGCUGGAAGAACAUGUACGUAAUUGCGCGCAAUUAUACACGUAGCAAGUUUGUGUUCCGUUUAAAAUGAAGCAUUGUUAACUUCUACCUACAGACACGUGUGGAGACCUAUUGCUAUAUUUCACGUAAAUUUCAUGUCUGCCACGAGCCGAGGCGAGCCUACUUUAAGAGGAUGAUAUCCGAGUUCCUGAUGAUCGUGGCCCUCGUCCUGGCGCAAUUUGCCGGAGUAUCGCCGUGCCCAACGAGUUGCAGUUGCCAGAGAAGAUAUACAGACUGCAGGAACUCCUCACUGACAUCGAUUCCUACCAAUGUGACAAGCAACACAUCAACAAUCGAUUUCUCGUUCAACAACAUUUCGAUCCUGAAGAAUCAGGACCUGCCUGAACUGCCUCACCUGAACCUCAUCUUCCUGAACAAUAAUAACAUCUCACAACUAGAACCAUAUGUUUUUCACCAGACGAAAAAUCUUCUUUACCUAUAUUUAAAUAACAACAAAAUUAUUGAAAUUAAUAUCAGUUUAUUUCAGUUUUCGAAAAAACUGAGAUAUUUAUAUCUACAAAACAAUGUUAUACGAUAUAUUCAUCCGCGGCUUCUCGAACAUAAUUCCGAUCUUGUCAUGUUAGAUAUUAGUGGAAACAACAUACAUAAAAUAGAACCACAAACAUUUGAAAGUAACCGUAUACUUUCUUGGGUAAAUAUCGGAGGUAACCCUCUGACAUUGCCUUUAGAAUGGAACACACUGUUCAGUGACUGCUUUAAUGUUCUAGACAUUGAUAUCUGUGGUUCCUCGAGUUCACCCGUCAGUGUUUUCCAGAACGUCCCAAGUCUGAAUUUUAUGGGAAUGAAUCAUCCUAACUUUCUGAACCUGGAUGAAUUUACAUCACUUGAAAAUAUUCUUGGGCUAAAUAACGUUGAAAGAGAGUACCUGAAAUUGAAGCUGUUUCAUCGCCUAUAUAGUUCAAGUUAUGCAUCGAUUAAUACCAUGAAAAUUGGAGAAGAUUUCAAUGUUGUAUCCCUGACAGAAGACGCUAUCUUGUGUUACUGUGAGCGCCAAGAAUUCUGGUACUGGUGUAACGGGCAGUCGGAAACAACUUGUCAAAAUAUUACGACAAAAACAGGAAUUCACAAGCUUCUGGAGUGCGAUGUUCAGACACAUGACGUAACUUCCGCCCCGGAUAACAAGUUUCAAGAUAUGACCUCAGGCAGAGGCAGAAAUACGAGAUUAUUUGGUCAAAUUCAUAGGCCAGUUAAUUGGAAGACGAUCAGAAACACAUUGUUAUACGCAGCAGGGCCUUUCUGUAUCAUCAUCUUGGUGAUCUCGGUGAAACUAGUGAAAAUCAUAAGGAUGCGAAGGUCCAGAGGUGAAACUACAGAUUCAUCUAUUUACUUACAGCUGAAAACAUCUGAUCAUGUGUAGCUGUCCAUCAAAGAAACGCGUCUUUCCUGCUAAAAUAAUUCUGUUCUAUUGUGGGGGCGGGGGGUGCUCAUUCUCAAAACGACACUGUUACAUGAAAAUUGAAGUUGUCAUUAAUGUAUUUUUUUAAUGCUAGUGGGGUGGGACUAAGUCCCUUGUACUGCGGCCACUUCUGGCCUAUUG